UGAAAAUUUGGUCCAUCAUGAGCCGGAAGAGGAAACCCGGGAACGAUGUCGAGAUCGUGUGUGAAUCGUGGAGUCGAACCGAACAGUACAAAGUGAAGGGGCGCCAUCUUUGGACCAUUGAUGACUUUAUGCGGCGAGCUUCUUCCACAGAAGUGGGCGACUCGUUGUGUUCACCCGUGUUUUCCGUGACCGUGGACGGAUUCGAUGGUGAGGUCCAGAACCUGACAUUUCAGUUGGAAGUGUUUCCCAAUGGCGAGGAAGGCGAGGACAAUUCGGACUACGUGGCCGUGUUCCUCACGAGUCGACGCCAAGAGGACCUCGAGGUCAAGUACGACUUCUCCGUUCAGAAGGCCGAUGGAACUUGUUGGGGACGAAUUGGCAACACUUUCAAGAAGUUCUCUCCCGAGCAGAACUCUUGGGGUUAUGGGAAGGCGUUCUCCAAGCUCCGCCUUACGGAAAAGGCCAACGAGCUCCUACCGAAUGGCCGCUUGACCAUCGUUUGCAACCUGGAAAUCUACUAUUCCGAUCGACAUACAGAAGGCACCGAGGAGAAGAAACUCCGUCUGGGCUUCAAGAUCGAGGACACACCAACCUUGGGUGAUAACCUGGAGACGGCCUUGAGUAGUUCGGACUUUUCCGAUGUCCAGCUCGUGUGCAACGGUCGGAAGUUCGAGUGCCAUAAAGUGAUCCUGUCCUCGCGAUCCGAGGUGUUCGCGGCCAUGUUUUCUCACAAAGACACCACAGAGAACACCACCAACGAGGUGGUGAUCCAAGACAUGGAACCGGACGUCUUGGAACAACUUCUCAAGUUCAUCUACUCGGAUCGUGUACCCAAUCUAACAGCGUUUGCCUCGAGUCUGCUCACGGCGGCCGACAAGUACAAUAUCCCCCGAUUGAAGGCCAUGUGUGAAGAGACCAUGUGCGAAAACCUCGACGUGGCCACCGCGGCCGAGGUGCUGGCCCUAGCCUAUUUGCACGAGGCCAAGACCCUCCAAAGUAUUGCAGUCGAAUUUGUCACGAACAAUAUGGUGAAGGUGUCCGACACGGUCGGCUGGAAAAUCAUCGCCGAAUCUCACCCGAAGAUCCUGAACGAGGUUCUCAUGUCCCUCACGGUCAAAUUAAAGAAGUGAAACGAAUAUCGUGGAUCACAUGGAACUCGCCGAACUGCUACUAAAAGUCCCCAUUCACACAGAGGUAGCACGAACGAACGUCUUUCUAACUCAUUGAUGUCGAACCUGAUGGAUUCGUGCUUUCUUUAAAAUUGUGUAUUCAGUCCUCGGGUCGGUGUCAGCUUUUGAGUUGUUCCUCAAUCACCGAUUGAUCCGAUCCAAGAAUCAAUGCCACAAGUUCCAAGACUGUCCAGCAAAAAAGCCGAACGUUCAAAGCCGACUGAAAUAACGAGCAUUUGCGCCCAUUAAAAAGAAGUUGAACUCGAUCCCAUUGAUCAUCGCCGGAGACUGAAUUCAUGCGAAAUCGACAAAAAUAUGAAAUGUUACAGAAAAGCAUUGCUGAUAAUACAACUCCGGAUAUCCAUCACGUGCAAGCAGA